GCGGACGGCGGGAAGGCUGAGCCCGCGUCCCCCGACGGGGCCGAUCCCGUCGCGCCCCUGGCCGUGGCGCCCGCUGUGGCAGUGGCCGUGGCGCCCGGCGCUCUGCCGCUGCUGGAACCCGAUGUGAGUCCCCCGCCGCCACCGCCCCGGCCGUCGCCGCCCGACGUGUUCGCGGGUUUCGCGCCCCACCCUUCAGCCCUGGGUCCCCCGACGCUGCUGGCCGAGCAGAUGAAUGUGAUCGGCAGCCGCAAGAAGAGCGUGAACAUGACGGAGUGUGUGCCGGUGCCCAGCUCGGAGCAUGUCGCCGAGAUCGUGGGUCGCCAGGGGUGCAAGAUCAAGGCUCUGCGUGCCAAGACUAACACAUACAUCAAGACUCCUGUGCGUGGAGAGGAGCCGGUCUUCAUCGUGACAGGCCGCAAGGAGGACGUGGAGAUGGCUAAGCGCGAGAUCCUGUCAGCGGCUGAGCACUUCUCCAUGAUCCGGGCCACACGGAGCAAGGCGGGUGGGCUGCCUGGCGCUGCCCUGGGCCCACCCAACCUGCCUGGACAGACCACCAUCCAGGUGCGCGUGCCCUACCGCGUGGUGGGGCUGGUGGUGGGGCCCAAGGGCGCCACGAUCAAGCGCAUCCAGCAGCGAACGCACACGUACAUCGUGACUCCCGGGAGGGACAAGGAGCCUGUGUUCGCAGUGACCGGAAUGCCAGAGAACGUGGACCGCGCGCGUGAGGAGAUCGAGGCGCACAUCACGCUGCGCACGGGUGCCUUCACGGACUCAGGCCCCGACAGUGAUUUCCAUGCCAACGGCACCGAUGUCUGUCUAGACCUGCUGGGGGCUGCCGCCAGCCUCUGGGCGAAGGCCCCUCACCCAGGGCGGCGGCCUCCCACGGCCACAGCUGGCCUCCGUGGAGACAGUACUCUGGGCGCCCCCGGUGGCCCUGAUGCUUUCUAUGUGGGUAGCCGUGGAGGACCGCCCGUGCAGGACACGGGCCCCACCAGCCCCUAUGGUGGCUCAGGCAACGGGGGCUUCACGUUCGGUGGCGAUGGCCCCGGGGCCCCUACAGGGACAACAGCCCCCGAGGAUUGUGACUUCGGAUUCGACUUCCUGGCGCUGGACCUGACAGUGCCCGCCACCGCCACCAUCUGGGCUCCUUUUGAGCGGGCUGCUCCCCUGCCGGCCUUCAGUGGCUGCCCGGCAGUCAAUGGGGCAGCGGUGCCACCGCCUGCUGGCGCCCGGCGUAGCAGCGGGGCAACAACCCCGCGCCACUCGCCCACGCUGCCUGAGCCCAGUGGCCUGGGCCUGGAGCUGCCAUUGGCGCGCCGUGGAGCCCCUGAUCCAGUAGGUCCCCUGCCCUGGUGGCCCCCGCAGAGCACCCUGCCACCCUUCUCUGGGAGCACCAGCUUCGCCACUGCGCCCUCGUUGCCCAGCAGUGCCACCACCUCUGUGCUGGACCCCAGUGCCUCAGAAGGCUCCCGAAAACCCUCCAUGACAGCAGCCGUGGUGACAGCAGCGGCAGUGGCCAACACAUCAGUUUCUCCGGCAGCCCCAGUCCUGCCCACCACCACUGUGGCGCGCGAGUGCGUGGUGUGCACGGAAGGGGAGGCCAUGGCCGCACUGGUGCCCUGCGGCCACAACCUCUUCUGCAUGGACUGUGCCGUCCGCAUCUGUGGCAAGAGCGAGCCUGAGUGCCCUGCCUGCCGCACACCGGCCACCCAGGCCAUUCAUAUCUUUUCCUAG